AUGAAGGGGAAUGGAAGGAAACAACACAUGCCCAAAUUGGAGGAUAAUUCCUCAAGUACACCGUCGAAGGGUGAAGCAACAGACGAGACCAGCAUCAUACCUCAACUUUCAGAACUCACCCUGAGUGAGAAGACAGCCAUAGAGUCCGAGCACAAUAUUAAGCGCUCCAGCCGUGAAGUCCCAGUGGAAGCGCUUGAUCAAAAACCUUCACCCGGCGACGACAACGCGCCGCCCGUCACAAGACCCCAAGAUUGCCUCUUAGAAGUCACAUCCACUCCAGAUCGUGGCCUCGCAGUCUUCACCACCCGCAAGAUCAAAGCCAGCACCCUGAUACUCGUCGAAACACCACUCAUAGCCCUCGACAAGCGCGAAGAGGAUGACCACGCAGCCAUCGAACGCGAAUUCUCCCACCUCCCACGGCCCACGCAGAAACUCUACCUCAAACUCUUCGAUGCGCAAAAGUCGCGCAUGACCCGCAUCGCCUCAAUCUAUUACAGCAACUGCUACAACUGUGACGCCUUCAAAUCCGCCGGGAAGGGUGGCUCCGCCAUUGGCUUGCUUCCCAGCAGAAUCAACCACAACUGCGUGCCCAAUGCACAAUUCUGCUACGACGAACGUACCAAUGAAAUGCGCUUCUAUGCCAUUCGCGACAUCCCACGCGGCAAGGGGGUCACGAGCAACUACGACAAGGUGGUUUUUGAGUCCCGCGCGAGACGCCAACGCAAACAUCAGAUUUACUAUGGCUUCGUGUGCCGGUGCGACGCGUGUGAGCCCAAGACCGAGUUCUGGGCCAGAUCCGACGAGCGACGACAAAACAUGUACGAGGCAUUUCGGACCGUGCAGGGUUGCGAGACUCAAUUCGUCUCGGCACAUAACACCUCAGACAGACAGAACACCCAGCAGCAUGUCAUUGACGAAGCGCUAACCUCCUUACGAAAGCUAGAAGAGCUGCUUCUCAAAGAAUCUCUGGUCGGCGUUCCCCUGGCGAACACGUACCGCAGUAUGGCGAAAUGGGCGGAACGGAAAUACGAUGUCGACCAAGUUCGUACUUGGAAGACGAAAGAGAUGCAGGCGUGUAUCACUGGCUUUGGGCAUGACGCUCCCAGAACGAAAGAAAUUGAGCAGAAGUUGGCCGACAUCGAGACUGUUCUUAGACAGUAG